CAAUUGCAGAUCAAACAUAUCAAAUACAAGAUUAUAGGAGUUUACAGAAGAUUGUAGAGAAUGUAGUGAAUAAAGCAAUGAAAGAAAAACCAUUUGAAGGGAUAAGUGUAUCAAAGCUGAGCGGUACCAAGAUGAUCAAAAUUGAGAAAACUAUGGAAUAUUAUUCUGUUGAAGAUGUUCAUAAAUCUAUCAAAAAAGAAAUAAUAUUAAAUAAAGCUUGUACUAUAUUACAGGAAUCUCAAGCUAAAGGAGAAUUGCUUAUCAAAAAUACAGAUGUUGCAUUAGAUGUAUUGGUCAUAUUGACAGAUUGCAAUGAAAAGUGA